GCGGCGCACGCACGUGGGCCGCACAUGGCGGCGGGCGGGUGCGGCGGGUGCGGGGCGGCCGUCGCCAAGUACCGCUGCCCGCGCUGCCGCGAGCCCUACUGCUCCGUGCCCUGCUGCAGGCAGCACAAAGAGCGGUGCGCCGCCCCACGCCACAGCCCGCCCGCCUCCCGCCCGCCGGGCGCCGCGACGGCGCACACCCCAGGAAACUCUUGGUCUGUAGAGGACAUCCUGACAGACAGCGAUGAGCAGGAUCGAGUCCCACUGCAGAAACUCAAACGUUUAGGAGAAUCGGAAGAAUUGAAAGAUUUACUAAGGAACCCGCAUCUCAGGCAAUUGCUCGUAGCUGUAGAUCAAGCAGAAGAGAGGAAUUCUCUAAUGAAAAGGUAUAUGCAAGAGCCCUUGUUUGUGGAGUUUGUGGACUGCUGUUUGAGAAUCGUCGAGCCUCCAGAGAAAGAGAACAUACUUCCGGAGUGAGCGCCUCUUCAGGAGUGGACGUUCCCGCUUGUGAGUGUCUGUCGUGGAAGAGAUGCUGCGCUAUCCCAUGCUGUGAUAAAGCAGCCUGGAAAGUCCCUUCUGCAGUGCUGGCCUAUUUAAACAAGUAGUGUCAAUACUUUUAAUUCUUGCUUCUCAUGUUGGACUGUAUGGUAAGCUUUGAAACCUCUAACCUGAGGGUAGCAAUUGAGAGAGGAACAUGCUUUCUAGAUCCUAAUGGAGCCUUAAUUGUUCUGUGACAUUUUCUCUGCCUAAGACUUUCUGUUGUCAGUAGUGGUUACACCUAGGACUUGUCAUCUUCAAAAUAAAAAGAAAAGGAUUAGAAUAAAUCUAUUCUCACUUGAUGAACAAA